AUGGAAAGAUUUUUUAAGAGAAAGUCAUCAUUGGGUAGUUCGGAUAGUGUGGGAAGUUCAAGAACUUCAAGUUCAAGACAAAGUGAGUUAGAUGAGGUUUUGGCUAAUCUUCAGGCAGACCCGGGACUAAGAAUUCGUAUGAUUGAGUAUGAUGCUAAUAUUAGAGAUGAGGUUCGAAGAGCAUAUCUACAAAAAAGACCUUGUCAACCUAGAGGUCAUUAUUUCCCACAAAGUAAUAUCUCAGGACUUAAUCGACGCUUCAUUCCCCAAUGGUUUGAUGAAUUUGAUUGGUUGGAGUAUAGUGUAUCUAAAGAUGUUGCAUUUUGUCUUUAUUGCUAUCUCUUUAAAUCCAAUUUUGAACAAGUGGGUAGUGAAGCCUUCACUGGAGCAGGGUUUAAGAAUUGGAAGAAAGGGAGGGAAAGAAUGAAGGUGCAUGUUGGACCGGUUGGUAGUGUUCAUAAUAAAGGUAGAGAAGCCGCUACAAAUUUGAUGAAUCAAAAUACACAUAUUGAAACGGCUGUGAGCAAACACUCUGAACAAGCUCAUAUGGCAUAUCGAAGAUGCUUAAUUGCAUCAAUCAAGUGCACUAAGUUUCUAUUGAGACAAGGUCUUUCUUUUCGUGGAAAUGAUGAAAGUGCCACUUCAAGCAAUAGGGGAAAUUACUUGGAGUUAUUGCAAUUCCUUGCAGACAAUGAUGAGAAAGUUAAAGAAGUUGUGUUGGAAAAUGCUCCGGGGAAUCUCAAGUUAGUAGCUCCAAAGAUUCAAAAAGAUAUUGUGAAUGCAUGUGCCGGGGAAACACUUGAUGUCAUCAUGAGUGGUUUAAAAGAUAGAUUCUUUUCUAUAUUGGUGGAUGAAGCACGUGAUAUUUCUGUGAAAGAGCAAAUGGCUAUGGUGUUGCGUUAUGUGGAUGACAAAGGGCAUGUAAUUGAGAGGUUUAUGGGGGUUCAACAUGUUACUGACACCACUUCAAGUACACUAAAGGAUGCCAUUGACAUAUUCUUUUCUUCCAAUGGUUUGAGCUUUUCCAAGUUACGAGGACAAGGUUAUGAUGGAGCUAGCAAUAUGAGAGGUGAGUUGAAUGGCCUUAAAACAAAGAUUUUGAGAGAACAACCUUGUGCCUACUAUGUUCAUUGCUUUGCUCAUCAACUUCAACUAGCACUUGUUGCCGUAGCAAAGAAGAAUAUUGAUAUUGCCUCUUUCUUUACAACCACUAAUAGUUUGGUUAACCAUGUUGGAGCAUCGUGUAAGCGGCGUGAUGCACUUAGAGCACAACUCCAAGAAGAACUUGUGAUAGCUUUUGAAAAUGAUUGUCUUAUAACGGGGCGAGGUUUGCAUCAAGAAACAAGUCUCAUACGUGCCGGUGACACACGAUGGAGCUCACACUACGGUACCAUUAUUAGCAUCAUUUCUAUGUUUUCAUCUGUGAUUUAUGUGCUUCAAAUGAUCUGUGAUUCAUGUGCUUCAAAUGAUUAUUGA